UGACCAUCAGUUUCUUUCUACUUGCACAGAUAUGGAUAAUAAAGUCAAACAAAUGAUCAAACUUAUUGAAGAAGACGCAGACUCCUUUGCUAGGAGGGCCGAGAUGUACUAUAAGAAACGGCCAGAGCUUAUGAAAUUGGUAGAGGAGUUUUAUCGAGCAUACCGUUCAUUGGCUGAAAGAUAUGAUCAUGCAACUGUGGUGCUCCGCCAGGCUCAUUGGUCUAUGGCAGAAGCAUUUCCCAACCAAGUUCCCUUGGUAUUUCCAGAUGAUUCACCUGCAGGUUCUGCUACUGAGGCUCAUCCACAUACACCAGAGAUGCCACCCCCAAUUCGUGUACCAUUUGAUUCCGAUGAGUUGCAAAGGGAUGCUGUAGGAAUCUCUUCGCCUGCUGGCAUGAGGAAUGGAGCCUACACUGAAGAAUCUGACUCUGUAACAAGCAGGAAGGGUUUGAGAGAGUUCAAUGAUUUGUUUGGGUCUGGAGGUGCAGCAAACCAUGUAAAGUUUGGGGAAGGAAGGGCAAGAAAAGGUCUCAAAUUUCAUGAUAUGGAUGAGAAAGACCAAAAUUCUCCAAACCAUGGGAACACUGACCAGAAGGUUCACAUCCUGUCUGAAUCUGAACGAAUGAGUAAGGCUGAGAUGGAGAUUAUAACCUUGAAGAAUGCUCUUGCCAAAUUAGAAGAUGAAAAAGCAGCAGGCCUACUUCAAUACCAAAAAAGCUUAGAAAGAUUGUCUAAUCUGGAGACAGAAGUUACUUGUGCACAAGGUGAUUCCAAGGGACUAAAAGAACAUGCCAAGAAAGCCGAAGCGGAAGUUCAGACAUUGAAGAGUGCCCUCACCAAAUUACAGGCAGAGAAGGAAGCUAGUCUUGUUCAAUACCAGCAGUGUUUGGAGAAAAUAUCUAAUCUUGAGAAUGAUAUUUCUUGUGCUCAAAGGGAUGCUGGAGAACUAAAUGAGCGGGCUAAUAAUGCUGAAACUGAAGUUCAAGCCCUAAAGCAAGACCUUUCCAGAGUAGAAGUUGAAAAGGAAACUGCUCUGCUUCAGUACGAGCAGUCCCUGGAGACAAUAUCUAAUCUGGAAGAGAAACUACUUCAUGCUGAAGAAAAUGCCAGGAGGAUUACUGAGCGAGCUGAGAAAGCUGAAAGUGAAGUUGAGACUUUAAAGCUAGUAGUCAGCAAGCUGACUGAGGAGAAGGAAGCAGCUGCUGUUCAGUACAACCAGUGCCUAGAGAAAAUAUAUAGUCUGGAGCAAAAAAUUGCUUCUGCUGAAGAGGAAGUUCUGAGGCUUAACAGGAAGGUUGAUGAUGGAGUUGCUAACUUAAAGGUUUCUAAAGAAAGAUGUCUUCUAUUGGAGAGAUCCAAUCAAAGUCUGCAUGCUGAAUUCGAGUCUUUGGUGCAGAAGAUGGGGGCUCAAAGUGAAGAGCUGACAGAGAAGCAGAAGGAGCUAGGGAAGCUUUGGACUUCUGUUCAAGAGGAGCGCUUGAGAUUUAUGGAGGCUGAAACUGCUUUUCAGACCCUGCAGCAUCUGCACUCUCAAUCUCAGGAAGAACUGAGAUCACUGACCUUGGAGCUUCAGAAUAGGGCUCAAAUUUUGAAGGAUAUUGAAGCUCACAAACAGGAUUUAGAGGAUGAAGUCCUUAAGGUCAAGGAUGAAAACAAGAGCCUGAAUGAACUGAACUUGUCUUCUUCUGUGACAAUUGUAAAUUUGCAAGAUGGAAUUUUAAGUCUAAGGGAGACAAUUCAAAAACUUGAAGCAGAAGUUGAACUUAGAGUGGACCAAAGAAAUGCUCUUCAACAAGAAAUUUACUGUUUGAAAGAAGAAAUUAAUGAUCUAAAUAAGGGGCACCAAGCUAUGACGGAGGAGGUGGAGUCAGUGGGCUUAAAGCCAGAAUGCUUUGGGGCAUCUGUGAAGGAAUUGCAGGAUGAAAACACAAUGCUAAAGGAGAUCUCUGAAAGACUUGGAGAUGAAAAACUAGCCCUUUUAGAGAAGUUGGACAUCAUGGAGAAACUUGUUGAGAAAAAUGCUGUUUUAGAGAAUUCUCUCUCCGAUUUGAAUGUUGAGUUGGAAGGAGUGAGAGGGAAGGCAAAGGCUUUGGAAGAGUCCUCUUACUCUUUCUUGGGAGAGAAAUCUGCUCUUGUUGCUGAGAAAGAUGCACUGAUUUCUCAGUUACAAAUAGCAACUGAGAAUCUGGAGAAACUCUCAGAGAAGAAGAACUUUCUGGAGAAUUCCCUUUUUGAUGCCAAUGCUGAACUUGAAGGGUUGAGGGUAAAACUAAAGAGCUUAGAAAAUUCAUGCCUGUUGCUUGAGGAUGAGAAGUCCAGCCUGAUCAUGGAAAGAGAAGGGUUGGUUUCUGAGUUGGAUGUCAGUCAGAAAAGGCUGAAAGAUUCAGAGAAAAGAUAUAUGGAAUUGGAGGAAAAAUAUAGAAGUCUGGAGAAAGAGAAAGAAUCCAUGCAUCAUGAAGUUGAAGAGCUGCAAGAUUCACUAGCUACUGCAAAGCAAGAACAUACUAGCUUUGCACAUUUGAGUGAAACCCGGCUGACUGCCAUGGAAUUGCAGAUUUAUUCCCUACAGGAGGAAAGUCAAUGCAAGAAGAAACAAUAUGAACAGGAACUAGACAAGGCUUUGACUGCACAGAUGGAGAUUUUUAUCUUGCAACGAUGUAUUGAAGAUCAGCAAGACAAGAGUUUCUCCCUGUUCAGUGGGUGUAGGAAACAUUUUGAAGCAUGUAAACGGUCAGAGAAACGAAUCUCUAAGUUGGAGCAUGAGAACUGUGAAAAACAGGUGGAGAUGAGAACUGCAAUUGAUCGAAUUAGAAUGCUGAGGAUGUCAAUUUUUCAGGUGUUGAAGACUAUUGGGAUUGAUGCAUUCUAUGAUUGUGAAGAUAAGAUUGAGCAGGACCAAAUGUAUCUUAAUGAAAUAAUUGGCAGACUUAAAGAGAUGCAAACUUCUCUUUCAAGGGCGACAGAGGAAAAUCAGAAGUCCAGUAUCGAAAACUCAGUUCUUAUUUCACUGCUUGGGCAACUGAAACUAGAUGCAGAAAGUCUUGCAGCAGAGAAGAAUGAUCUUCAUCAGGAAUUGAGGAUUCAAUCUGAGCAGUUUACAUCACUUCAGCACAGAGCCCAAAAACUUCUGGAGAUGAAUGAACAAUUGAAUUCAAAAGUGAUGGCAGGAGGCCAGAGAGAAGUUGUUUUGAGUGCUGAAAUAGAGAACUUACAUGGGCAACUAUCUGACUUGCAAAGGAUAUACCAGAAUUUACUGGAAGAAAAUUGCAAGGUGCUUGAUGAGAAAAGGUCCUUGAAGAAGGAAGUCUUUGAUUUGUGUGAGGAGAAACAUGAUCUACAAGAACAAAACUUAGUUCUCCUCUCUGAAGUGGUAUCUCAAAGUAACAUUUCUCUUAUUUUCAAGGAUAUUAUGAUUGAAAAUUUUGAGGAAGUAAAGCAGCUCAGUUUUAAUCUGGGUAAACUUCACGGUGUCAAUGAUGGUCUUGAGGAGAAUCUAAGGACGAUGGAGAGGAAGCUUGAAGAUAUGCAGAUGGAAAACUCACAUCUCAAAGAUUCAUUGCGAAACUUUGAGAAUGAACUUAGUUCGGUAAGAUCGAUUAGUGAACAGUUGAAUUGUCAAGUUGCAAAUGGGAAGGAUCUACUGUUGCAGAAGGAAAAUGUGCUGUUGGAGGUAGAACAGAUGCUUGGUGCAGCACAGGAUGAAAAAACAGAACUGCAGAAAAUAAUGGAAGACCUGAAGAGGAAGUAUGAGGAGGUUUGCAUGACACGAGGCAAUCAGGAGAAAGAGAUUAUGAAACUAUCUGAAGACUAUGAUCAUCAGAGAAGGGAGACUGGAUGCCUUCAGGAAGCUAAUCAGAAAUUGGAUGUUGAACUGUUGAAAUUGCAUCAAGAGCUUGAGAAAACCAAAUAUGCAGAGGAAAUUUUGAGUACUGAACUACUGAAGGGAAGAAAUGAGACUGAACUCUGGGAGAUUCAAGCUUCUGUACUAUUUGGUGAAUUGCAGAUUUCUGUUGUGCAUGAAGCAUUGCUUGAAGGGAAGCUUUAUGAGCUUAAUGGGGCAUUUGAAGGUCUUGAAAAUCAAAGUACUUCAAAAGAUAUGGAGGUUGAUGAGUUGAAAGAAAGAAUCAGCACCUUGGAAGGAGAGAACGGAGGACUCAAAGCUCAGAUGGCUGCAUAUGUUCCUGCUGUCAAUUCUCUGAGGGACUGUAUAACAUCUUUGGAGAAUUGUAUUCUUGUACAUGCUAAACAUCCUGCAAGUGAAAAUGAAAAGCUGAAGGAUGCUAAUGUGUUGGAUAGACCCAAUGGUGAAAGCUGUCAGCAGACGAAUGACAAUCAAAUAACCUCAGUUCCUGAUGGUUUUUUUGGCAUUCAAGAUGUGGAAGUGAGAAUUAAAUCUAUUGAAAAAGCACUAAUGGAAAUGGAGAGGCUCACAAUGCUGGAACGAAUAAAUGCUAAUUCCAGACUAGAGGCUGCUAUGAGACAGAUUGAAGAGUUAAAGUCUGGAAACCACUCAGGUCGAGAAAGUGCAAAUACAAAGCAAGAAGAGGAUAGUCAGUUGCUCAGUAAUGAUCUCAAGAUGCAGAAAUCAACACUCGAAAUCACCGAAGAGAGCAAUGGUCUGCUGACAAAAGACAUUAUGCUUGAUCAGGUAUCCAAGUGUUCAUCAUAUGGGAUAAGCAGAGGAGAAACUUUGGCGGUUGAUGAUCAGAUGCUUGAGUUGUGGGAAACUGCCGAUACCAAUGGCAGCACAGACCUGCAAGUUGGAGAGGCUUGGAAGGGAGUUGCCAUGCAACAUCAUAUUGAACCAGUUAAGCAAAACAAGGGAAGAAAUCACUCCACAGAAUCUCUGGUAAAGGAGUUGGGUGUAGACAAACUAGAGAUCCCAAAGAGAUAUGCAGAGCCUCACCAGGAUGGAAGCCAGAGGAAGAUUCUAGAAAGGCUUGAUUCUGAUGCACAAAAGUUGACAAACCUUCAAAUCACACUGCAGGACUUGAAGAGUACAGUGGAGAUUACUCAGAAGGCCAAAAAAGGGAAAGGACUUGAACUUGAUGCUGUCAAAGGACAACUGGAAGAAGCUGAGGAAGACGUCAUGAAGCUAUUUGAUAUCAACCGUAAAUUGGUGUCUCAUGUUGAAGAUGGUUCCUUGUCCUCUGAUGGGAACUCUGAAAUAGGGUCAGAUGGGAACCGGAGUCUUAGGAAACAGACAAUAUCAGAGCAGGCACAGAGAGUUUACGAAAAGAUUGGGAGAUUGCAGUUGGAGGUGCAGAAGUUACAAUUUCUUAUACUGAAAUUAGAUGAUGGGAAAGAAAGCAAAGGAAGAACCAGAAUCACAGAGGGGAAAACAAGAGUUCUCCUGAGGGACUAUCUCUAUGGUGGGAUAAGAACCAGCCAGAAGAAAAAGAAAGCACAUUUUUGUUCAUGUGUGCAACCCUCUACGAGGGAGUGAGGCAUUUACAUUUCAUUGGCAUAUAUAUGUUCAACAAAUUCUGCAUAAUUUUCAAAUAUAAGAAGACAUUAGUUGUAUAUUCUCCAGAAAUUUUCUUAUAGACAGGCUCUUGUUCUUUGGUUUAGAGGCAUUGCUGUACAUUUCAGGCUCCAUCUAUCAAAAGAAGCUGCUAGAUUGUAGCCUUGCUUUCUUGGCUGGGCCGUCUUCUAUUCAAUUCAUUUAUACAUCUACAUAAUCUUGUUAGCCAUGAAUUAUGCCCCUAA